AUGACCACCUUUGAGCCGGUCAACGUUGGCCUCGGCCUUUCGGACUACUCCACCGAAGCGACUACACCGACGACUCCUCGAGCCCCUAUACCAAACCCUACUCGACCCACACCUCUCCCAUCUUCCGAGGACUCGACGCGGUCCGCGCCAAAUACGCCUACAACACUGAACUUUGGUGGAGUAAACGGGCAACGGCCAUUACCCAGUUCGCCCUUUAGCAAUUCUUUUCCAGUACAACAUCAGCCUCUAGGCACGACAAGACCUGGGAUUGCCAGUCGCGGCGAUUCGAGUCGCUCGAUUCAAUCAACGGAAUCCCAGGACAUAGACAUGGAUGAAUCAGACGAGGGCGAUGGAGGGUCGGACGCCGACAGUAUAGACUUGGAGACGGGCAGGCCAUCCAAAAAGAAGAAGGGUCAGAGGUUUUUCUGCACCGAGUUUCCACCUUGCAAGUUGAGUUUCACACGGAGUGAACAUCUCGCACGGCACAUCAGGAAACAUACCGGGGAACGACCUUUCCAAUGUCACUGUUCGCGCAGAUUCUCUCGUCUCGACAACCUGCGGCAGCAUGCCCAAACGGUACAUGUCAACGAAGAGAUUCCUGGCGACUCUCUGGCUGCUACUGGUACUCGCUUUCAACGCCAGAUUCGAACUGAUCGUGUGCGACCGCCGAGUGGGCGGCCUCGCGCUGGCACUGCGAGUAGCCAAGGAAGCCACGGUCGAGGUCACGGCCGGAAUCUGUCAACCUCUAGUAUUGGAUCCAAUGCAUCUACGAUGGUCAGAGAGGACAGUCGACGAAGGCCACCUCCUUUGAUGAUGGCGGGUGAUUCAUCUGCGCGGAACAGGCUGAGCUUGGAUACGCUACGAAGUCAAGCUUCAACGCCGCCUGGCCAGUAUUCAUUCUUAGUGGAACCAUCUGAAGGUGCUAGCACCCCAACUUCGACCACUUAUUCCAAUGGACAGAAUAGCCCGGGCUAUGGCUCAUCCUUGGGGUCACCCGUGUCCACUGUAUCUCGAAGUGGUAAUUUUUGGGACGGCAGGUCUCACACUCGAAGACUAUCCGUACCAUCUGGACCGGUCCAAUUCCAGUCUCCUCAGAGUAAUGCCUAUUCUUCGCCUUUCCUCAGUCCUCUGGUUUCCUCCAGUGCUUCUACCUUUCCAAAUAUUGGCAGUAGUUCGGGGAGUCCGACCAAUGCGAAUUACAACCCGUCACGCCGCGAAGCUGUAUCAGCUGCCGAAGCCGAAUGGAGAAGACGGACAUGGCAUCCUAGCACCUAUACUUAUACGAAUUACUCUCGUCCAGCUACGAGUGGAUUGAGCUACUACCAGACCCCGGAUGCUCCUCGGCCUGCUUUUGCUCCACAAGCUGCUGCGGCUGCAAGUCAGCCACAUCGACUACCCGGUAUUGAAACGUUUGAUCAGAUGCCUCGUCGGCCUGCAACGCCCCAUGCCAGCGCUUCAAGUCCUAUGCAGAUCGACCCUGCUAUCAGACCGCCAAUCUAUCCAGGUCCAUCAGUGCAGCCCAACUCUGGACCAAACGACAGGAGGGGCCACGCAUCAUGGGACAUGUCUCUCCAUCAGAAUCUUACUAAACUUGACAUAGCGAGUGGGACCCCACCUAACGAUUCUGGUGCAUGGUCCCAGCAGGCUGCUAAUGAACAAGUCUCAGUCGGCUCACAGACGGAACAGCACUCCCAGGCAGCCCCUGUUCUACAUCAAGAAUCCCAAAAGCGCGCUUCUGAGACUCCACACUACCCCAAUCCUACCCCUGUUAGAGCGAAACGUCAAGGCUGGUAUAUCGGCCAUGUAGGAGGAAGUCAGCAGCGAGCUUCACCUGGAGAUUCCAGCAGUAGCGAAGGAGUCCCGACCACGCCCUCGUUCACAACUGCCGAACAUCAUCCUUCGAUUGUCCACAGCAACGGUUACAUUGAGUCUGCUCACCCUGGCGCUGCCAUGCCAGCGCCUCACCACGCUUACAAUGCCGGAAACACACGACCUCCGACCUGGCCGCUACCGACCGGUGCGGACAGUUCUCACCACAACGGGCCAAAGGACACCCAGAUGAGUGGGCUUGAAGUCCUUGUGGCUGUUGCCACCAGCGAGGAAAAUGCUACUGCUACUCCUCGUUCCUGA